AACGUUCUUCCUAGACAGACUAAAAAAGCCAUGUAUUCUUUCAUUUCUCUCUAAAAGAAGAAAAAUAUAAUUUAAAAAUAUAUUGCAUAUUUUCUAAAACAAUAAAUUUAUAGUGUUAAUAUUCAUAGGGUCAAUCAAAAUGAAGCUUCUCCUUUGGGCCUGCAUUGUAUGUGUUGCUUUUGCAAGGAAGAGACGGUUCCCCUUCAUUGGUGAGGAUGACAAUGACGAUGGUCACCCACUUCAUCCAUCUCUGAAUAUUCCUUAUGGCAUACGGAAUUUACCACCUCCUCUUUAUUAUCCCCCAGUGAAUACAGUCCCCAGUUACCCUGGGAAUACUUACACUGACACAGGGUUACCUUCGUAUCCCUGGAUUCUAACUGCUCCUGGAUUCCCCUAUGUCUAUCACAUCCGUGGUUUUCCCUUAGCUACUCAGUUGAAUGUUCCUCCUCUCCCUUCUAGGGGUUUCCCGUUUGUCCCUCCUUCAAGGUUUUUUUCAGCAGCUGCAGCACCCGCUGCCCCACCUAUUGCAGCUGAGCCUGCUGCAGCUGCACCUCCUACAGCCACACCUGUAGCAGCUGAGCCUGCUGCAGGGGCCCCUGUUGCAGCUGAGCCUGCUGCAGAGGCACCUGUUGGAGCUGAGCCUGCUGCAGAGGCACCUGUUGCAGCUGAGCCUGCUGCAGAGGCACCUGUUGGAGUGGAGCCAGCUGCAGAGGAACCUUCACCAGCUGAGCCCGCUACAGCCAAGCCUGCUGCCCCAGAACCUCACCCUUCUCCCUCUCUUGAACAGGCAAAUCAGUGAAAUUCUCUAGAAGAGUACCAUGGGUUCAUUUCUAUACUGAUGCAGAAAUAAGUGAAAUCUACAAAAGUUUUCUUUCUUUUCCAAAGACUAUUUCAUUCUGUUGUAUUCAGAGUAUUCAUCUCACUACAUUGAUUUGUUUGUGGUAGUUUUUCCUUGGACUUAAUUCAUAUUGAAAAAACAUUGAUAAUUAAAUAAAUAAAAUAGAUAAUUUAGACCAAUGGUGAUAAGGUCUGGAUGAAAACUACGCUAUGGAGGACUGAAAUGGCAAUCAUUCAGCCUAGCCUGGAGUCUGAUUAUACAGCUACUAUAGGAUGAUGUUAGUAUUGGUUUUGAGUGCAAUAGGCUUUUUUCUAAACAAACAUAUUUUGUAGUCAAUGAAGUUUUUGUCACAAAACAGUAAAACAUCUGUGUUUAACCUAUGGUAAACAACAUGUUAAUGAACUAUGCUACCCAUGACUUAAUGGACAGUUCAAAUGUGACAUCUACAGUUUUUCAUUUCUCUUUUAUGCCAGCACACAAUCAAUUCAUCACCAAUUGUCAUUAGAUUUACUUCAAAAAAUAUACCCCCAAAUCCUAAUACUUCUAACCUUCUCCACUGCAUCUAGCCAACUCUAGCUAUUGUCAUCCCUAACAGAAAUGGAGGAAUAGCCUCUUUUUUUUUUUUUUUUUUUGAGACGAAGUCUCACACUGUUGCACGGCUGGAGUGCAAUGGUGCCAACUCAGCUCACUGCAACUUCCACCUCCCAGGUUCAAGUGAUUCUCCUGCCUCAGCCUCCUGAGUAGCCGGGAUUACAGGUGUGUGCCACCACGCCUGGCUAAUUUUUUGUAAUUUAGUACAGACAGGGGUUCACUAUGUUGGCCAGGAUGGUCUUGAUCUCCUGACCUCAUGAUCUGUCCGCCUCGGCCUCCCAAAGUGCUGGGAAUACAGGCGUGAGCCACCGUGCCCUGCCAGAAUAGCCUAUUAACCAGUCUACCUGCUUCCACUUUUCCUCCACCCUGAUCACAUACACACAUGCAUUAUCCACUGAGCAGUCACAAUCAGAUGUUAAAUCAAACAUUAUUCAGAUAAGAUCUCUGAAAAGCCUCUGAUACUUUCUUUUUUAACAUGGAAUAUAUUCUAAACACCUCUCCAAGGACACAAGACUUACCUUGUCUAACUAAUGACUUUUCUAACUUCAUUCCCUAUCAUUCUCCAUCUUGCCCCAUGCUCUUCGUGCAGCAGCUUUUCUUUUUUUUCCUUUUUCAAAUAUGUUGGUUUUGAUCUUAUCCAAGAACCUUUGCCCUGAUGUAUGAAUGACUAACUGCUUUUCUACUUCGGGGGUCUCAUAUAGAAAUCCUGCUUCUGAAUACUCUUCCCUGAGCACUCUAUCUAAAUAAAUCCCUCUUCUGCAACCCAGUGCUUUUUGUUCUAUUACUGACUUCUUUUCCUUGUAGAAGUUACUAUUACUGCUUUUUACCUUUUUAUUUAUUUGUGUAUUGUCUUUGUUGUUGCCCUCAUCUUAUCUCCACAAAAAUAUAUGCUCCAUAAAAACAGGCAUUUCUGUGUCUUAUUCAGCACUUUAUCAGGGCCUAUAACAAUGCCUGGGACAUAUUCAGUGACCAGUGAAUAUUUUUGGAAGGAAAGAAAAGAAGAAAGAAUUAAGUAACAAAUGAAGAAUGAAGGAAGAAAAAAUUUUUACAAACAUUCAACAUAUUUUUAUUUUGAAAUAAUUUUGUAUUUUUCCCUAUAUCCUACAUUGGAUCAGAAUAUUACUGUUAUGUAUAGCCAUGAGGACAUGGUCUCAAAAAAUGAGAAACUUUCUUAGACAGUAAAAUUGUUAACUUGAGAUGUUUGCUUCCAUCUUCUAGAGCCAAGUAGGAUCUAACUUUAAUUUGACUUAGCCAAUAAUCUGAAAUUAUCAUAGUAUCUGUCUUUCACAGAUACAUUCAAUAUUCACCUCUAAAUAUUUAAUGAUAAAUUUGUAAUCAUACAUGAUAGUCAAUUUUAAUGAUUAUGUUGUCAAAAUUCAGGCUUUUUGUAUGAAUUGAAGACUUAAAGAAGAAUUUGUAAAUAUGACUGUAUAAGAAACAACAGAAAGAUGAAGAUGAACCGAAAUAGAAAUAUCAAGAGGCUACAAAGUCUUAGCAAAUUAUAAUUGCUAAUGGGACAUUAUGUGGUGUUUAGUAUCACAUUUAGAACGUAGUCAUUUGUUAAGUUUUUCAUGGGGUAAAAGAAAGAACUUAUUCCAAGAAAAUUUUGGAAUUUUAAAAAUAGACAUGACAUCUUAUCAUGAGAAACAUUUACAGUUUUUGCUUUUACUACAAGAUACUGUGAAAUGUUCUGCUCUGUCAGUUGUGAAAGUAUGAAAUUUAAGUCUAUCACUACAAUAAUAUUUUGUUUUUAGUGUUCAUUUUUUUCCUCCUUGAGAUGAGUUAGAGUGAAAGGUAAACACUAACAUUUGAAUUGAGGUAAUUUCCACUGUGGAAAACAAACUGUUGUUAGUAAACAGGCAUCAGCUUUGAGACACAGAAAAGUCAUCCAAACCAGAAGAUUGGGAACUUCCUCAAUUACUUUGUCUUCCAUUUAUUGCAUUCAAUUAGUCAAAAAUGUUGUUAAUUAUACAUUUUAAAGACUAUUUUUGGUAAGGUCUAUGACACAUUCAAAAUACUACAUACAGGUUUGUAUUAUCAUAAAUAAUCCAAAAGAAAACAUACAUGUAACCACCACCAUCUGGAAAUUUCACACUAAAUUAUAAAACAUUUCCAUCACUGCAUGUAUUGUUUAAUGUCGCUUUAUGAAUCCACCUUCUUCCUUAUCUGUAGAGUUAAAAACUACUUAGUGGAUUAGGGUAAUUCAUUCUACUUUUAAAAAUGAUUUUUCCACCUCUAAUGUAUUCUAUAAAAUAAUAUUGUUCACUUUUGCCUAUUUUUGAGCUUUUUAUUGAAAAGAUUUUGAGUCAUAUCUUUUGAUCAAUAUUAAGAUACAUUUGCAGAGUUUUGUAUGUGUGUUUAUAUCCAUCUUACGUACCUCUUUACUGUAUAGUGUUCCCUUUAGCCACUGGAAAAUGAUAUAAUGUCAUUGCUUACAGAAGGUGUCUGAUUCUUAUUCAGUGCUACUUUCUACAGACAGGUAACUAUUCUCAUUUACGAUUAAGAAAUGUUCACACCUUCACACUGGUAUCAACUGCAACAACCACUAUACUUCUCCAGUGAUUGCCAGAUGGCCCACUAUACAUCCUUUCUUCUAUUUCUUUAUUUUGUGGCCAGAAAGUCAGGACCUCAAAGAGGUAUAAGUUUGUGUGUAUAAUUCCCUGGCUUUUUUCUAAAAUUUUAGUAUGCAUUUAUAUGGCCCUUACAAUAUAUAGAAGAGUUUUAUGAGUUUUAAAAAUGUAUAUAAACAAGACAUAUAAUAAAUGGUAUGUCAUUUUGCAACUUACUAUUUUUACUCAACAUUUAUAUUUCUGAGACUUUUCACAUUUUUGAAUGUAUUCAUAGUUUCACUUUAAUUGAUGUUUGCCAUGAAAGAUCAAAUAUAUCACAUUUUAUUUGACUAAAAAGUAAACUAUAUUUCCUACAUUAUGCUAUAGAACUUAUAGACUAAUUUAAGUUAAUUAUAGGCCUUAUCUCAGGCCUUUGCAAGUAGCCUGAAUAAAACUUUUCAUUAUUUAUAUUAUCACAUGCAUAUAUGUGUGUAUGUAUAUAUGUGUGCAUGUGCAUGCAUAGUAAAAAUCUUAACCCAAAACUGAAAUAAAAAAUUAUAAGAGAAAAUACUAUUUUCCACCAAUAUCACAAUGGAUAAUCUUUUUUAAAUGACUACAUAUGUCGAUAAGUUACAAAAUCCAUAUAUGAGUAUGACACCAAUAAGAACAUUUUCUCUAACCAUUUUGAAUACGAAUAACCAUGGAUUCUAAUAGCAAACAUUAUUAAAAUAUUAUUGAAAUAA